AUGUCUCACAGGUGGACUUCUGGAGUGCGCAGAAAGUGGAACUGGCUUGAGGAGACUGAUGGCGCUGGACCUGCUGAGCUCGUAUACUCCCUCGACCCCAGUAGGAUUAGUGCGGGGUCGGUUAGUAACCCUGCUACGGCUGUCACAUGCAUCUGCGCCUACUCUCCAAUAGAGGACAGCGACGAGGAGGAAAAAGACCGGUUCUACGUGUCUCUCCACGAUCUUCUUCUUUAUGACCCACUGAAGGACGCCCUACUGAUCAGAGGCGACUUAAACGCCGAAAUCGGCCAGCCGGCUGAUGGAGAAGGAAAGAUCAUCGGGCGCUUCUCAAUUGGAGAAAGAAGUGCUAACUUCUACCUGCUGAACGACCUCGUAGUCGUCACCAGCACGACGUUCCGCAAAAAGAGACACACGCUCCACACUUGGACUUCAAACGACCACAAAACGAGGAACAAGAUUGAUCACAUUGUCAUCUCAAGACGAUGGCGCUACUCCCUAAAAAACAUCGACAACAUCCCAAAGUUCAAGUCCGACAGCGACCACAGACCAGUAGUCUCCACCAUACAGCUGAAACUGAAGUCCUACACAAACAGCUACGCGUCGUCACGUAUGACCUCGCCAACCUCCGCAAGGACAAAGACUCCACCGCAUACAAAUGAGCUGCUUGACACGGCGGAAACUAAGGAGUACGUGGACGCGAUGUGGAGGCAAAUGAAGGACAUCAUACACUCAGCGGCAGCAAAAACCAUAGUGUCCGCGAAACGCAUAGAAAACCCGUGGAUCAGCCACGAGACCCUCUAA